UUUUUCUCUGAGAAAGAGCCGUGCUCCGUGUGCACUGUCCGAGGAGGAGAGAGGAUGCUGAACAACAUAACAGACUGCGAGGAGGGAGAGGGGGGACCCAACAGCCAGGGUGAUGGUAACCCCAAAGAGAACAGUCCUUUCAUCAACAGCAGCGCAGCCAGCGAUGCGGAGAAGAGCCAGCAGUAUGACGGCAAGAACAUGGCUCUGUUUGAGGAGGAGAUGGAUACCAGUCCAAUGGUCUCCUCUCUGCUGGGCAGUCUGGCCAAUUACUCCAAUCUGCCAACAGGAAGCAAAGAGCAUGAAGAAGAAGAGUACAAUGAGGAGGGGGCACGUCCAUCCAAAAAACCUGUCAAGGCUCCACAGCUUGGCACUCUGAUGGGGGUGUACUUGCCGUGCAUCCAGAACAUCUUUGGGGUGAUCCUUUUCCUACGGAUGACCUGGAUGGUCGGGGUUGGAGGCGUCUUCGGCUCCUUCAUAAUCGUCUUUAUGUGUUGCUCCACAACCAUGCUCACAGCCAUCUCCAUGAGUGCCAUCGCCACAAAUGGAGUUGUACCAGCUGGAGGUUCAUAUUACAUGAUCUCUCGCUCACUGGGGCCUGAGUUCGGUGGAGCUGUUGGGAUCUGCUUCUACUUGGGGACGACUUUCGCAGGUGCCAUGUACAUCCUUGGCUGCAUCGAAAUUCUGCUGAUUUAUAUCAUUCCUCAGGCAGCCAUCUUCCAGAUUGAGGGUCUGGAGGGGGCGGAGGCGGAGGCGGCACUCCUCAACAACAUGCGGGUGUACGGCACCAUCGUCCUGAGCUUCAUGUCGCUGGUGGUGUUUGUCGGGGUGAAAUAUGUGAACAAGUUGGCACUGGUCUUCCUGGCCUGUGUCAUCCUCUCCAUCCUGUCUGUUUACGCUGGAGUCAUCAAGACCGCCAUCAACCCCCCUGUCUUCCCCGUCUGCCUGCUGGGGAAUCGAACCCUUCUCUCCAAAGGAUACGACGUGUGUGCAAAGGUCAUUGAAAUUGACAAUGAAACUUUCACCACCAAACUGUGGAGGUCCUUCUGUGAUUCCGACUCCCUCAAUGCCACGUGUGAUGAAUACUUCCUCAACAACAACGUCACCGAGAUACAGGGCAUCCCGGGGGUCACGAGCGGCAUCCUGGCUGAAAACCUGUUUGGUAACUACCUAGAAAAAGGGGUUUUCCUGGAAAAGCGCGGCCUUGUCUCAGAUGCGGAUCCGGACAGUCCCACCACCACCUCGAACCGCUACGUCCUGGCUGACAUCAGUAGCUUCUUCACCCUGCUGGUGGGGAUAUACUUCCCAUCUGUCACAGGCAUCAUGGCCGGCUCCAACCGCUCCGGCGACCUGCGUGAUGCUCAGAAGUCGAUUCCCAUCGGCACCAUCGCAGCCAUCACCACCACUUCUACUGUGUACAUAUCCAGUGUGGUGCUGUUUGGUGCCUGUAUAGAAGGAGUUGUCCUCAGGGAUAAGUUUGGUGAAGGGGUCAGCGGUAACCUGGUGAUUGGUACGCUGGCGUGGCCGUCUCCGUGGGUCAUUGUGAUUGGCUCCUUCUUUUCCACGUGCGGAGCUGGACUCCAGAGUCUGACGGGAGCUCCACGUCUGCUGCAGGCCAUCUCAAGGGACGGCAUCAUCCCAUUUCUCAGAGUGUUUGGCCAUGGCAAAGAAAAUGGAGAGCCCACCUGGGCCCUCCUGCUCACAGCCAGCAUCUGUGAGAUUGGCAUCAUCAUCGCCUCCCUGGAUUCAGUCGCACCCAUCCUCUCCAUGUUCUUCUUGAUGUGCUACAUGUUCGUCAACUUGGCAUGUGCGCUGCAGACAUUGCUGAGGACGCCAAACUGGAGGCCGCGCUUCAAGUUCUACCACUGGGCUCUGUCUUUCCUGGGUAUGAGUUUGUGCCUGUCGCUGAUGUUCAUCUGCUCCUGGUUUUACGCCAUUAUUGCCAUGGUCAUCGCCUCCUGCAUCUACAAAUACAUUGAGUUCCGCGGAGCUGAGAAGGAGUGGGGUGAUGGGAUACGUGGCAUCUCGCUUAGCGCCGCUCGCUUCGCUCUCAUGAGGCUGGAGGAGGGACCACCACACACCAAGAACUGGAGACCUCAGAUCCUGGUUCUGUUGAGUGUUGACGCCGAGCAGAAUGUAGAGCAGCCUCGUCUCCUGUCUCUGGCCAAUCAGCUGAAAGCGGGAAAAGGUCUGACGAUCGUUGGUACCUCAGUUCAUGGGACCUUCCUCGACAACUACACUGAGUCUCAGAGGGCCGACCAGUCUCUGCGUAAGCUGAUGGAGACGGAGAAAGUGAAGGGUUUCUCCCAGGUGGUCAUCUCCUCCAACCUGCGAGACGGGACGUCCCACCUGAUCCAGAUCGGAGGACUGGGAGGCCUGAAGCACAACACAGUAAUGGUCAGCUGGCCCCGCUACUGGAAGCAGCCCGAGUACCACCAGCAAUUCAGGAACUUUAUUGAGGUGGUCAGAGAGACAACUGUAGCCAGUCUGGCCUUGUUGGUUCCUAAGAACAUCUCCAGCUACCCGUCCAACGGAGAGCGCUUCACCGAGGGCCACAUCGAUGUGUGGUGGAUCGUCCACGACGGAGGCAUGCUCAUGCUCCUGCCCUUCCUGCUGCGCCAACACAAGGUUUGGAGGAAGUGCAAGAUGCGCAUUUUCACAGUCGCUCAGAUGGAUGACAACAGUAUCCAGAUGAAGAAAGACCUCAUCACCUUCCUGUAUCACCUGCGUAUCGAGGCUGAGGUGGAGGUGGUGGAGAUGCUUGAGGGCGACAUCUCGGCCUACACCUAUGAGAAGACACUGGUGAUGGAGCAACGGUCACAGAUCCUCAAACAAAUGCAUCUGACCAAGAAUGAGAAGGAGAGAGAGAUCCAGAGCAUAACGGAUUCAUCCCGUGGCUCCAUCCGACGUAAAAACCAGCCGAAGUUACAUUCCCAGCACAGCACUGAGGAGGGAACCAGCCUGGCAGAGAAACCUGAAGAGGAGUCUGUGGCUGUCUCCAACUCAAAACAGGUCCAGCUGAUCCACAGCAGGAACGCCUCAACGCCGACCAGCCCCACAAGCCCAACGAGCCCCACAAGCCCCAUGUCACCUGCAGGGGGGGCUGCCCCUUGGACUGACAACAAGGCUGCGGACAAGGGGAGGAACCAACCAGCAGCGAACCCAGAGUCAGGAAGGGACCUCUUCAACAUGAAGCCGGAAUGGGAGCACCUGAACCAGACGGAUGUGAGACGCAUGCACACAGCAAUGCGGCUCAAUGAGGUCAUCACGAAGAAGUCCAAGGAGGCGAAACUCGUCCUGCUCAACAUGCCCGGGCCACCGAAGAACCGUAACAACCUGACUAACCCCAUGGACAACGCAGUGUACAAGGACUACCCUCUCUUUACGGACAUCCAGGUCAUGAUAUUCCUCGGCUUCGGGUGCCUGAUGGCGUUUUUCCGCCUGUAUGGCUUCGGAGGGUUGGUUUUCAACUUCCUCACGGCCACUUUUGCCAUCCAGUGGGCCAUCCUGGUGCAGGGGUUCUUCCAGUUUAGCCACGAUGGCAAGAUACACCUCGGAGUGAUCAACCUGAUAUACGCAGAGUUUGCCUGUGCCGUGGUGUUGAUAUCUUUCGGGGCAGUGCUGGGUAAGACCAGUCCUUUGCAGCUGCUGGUCAUGGCUCUGCUGGAAGUGCCAGUGUUUGCAGCCACAGAAUGGGCCGUGCUGAAGUACAUCAAGAUUAAUGAUGCGGGAGGAUCUAUUCUCAUUCACCUCUUUGCCUGUUAUUUUGGCCUGGGUGUCACCUUUGUUCUCUACAGGCCUCACCUGAACGAAGGCCAUGACAAGGAGAACACCAGCUAUCAGUCUGACAUCCUGUCUGUGUUGGGGACCCUAUUCCUCUGGGUGUUCUGGCCCUCCUUCAACUCAGCGUUGACCCUGAAAGGAGACGACCAGCACAGAGCCAUCCUCCACACCUUCAUCGGCCUCAGCGCCUCCACGCUCACGGCCUUCGCUCUCUCUGCGAUGUUGAACAAAAAUGGUAAGAUCACCAUGUCUGAUGUUCAGAACGUCACGCUGGCCGGAGGUGUGACAGUCGGGGCGACUGUGGAUAUGAUGAUUUCACCUGCAGCUGCAUAUGCUCUGGGUAUACUGGGCUGUACUGCAUGCAUGCUGGGCUACAAGUACUUGAGCCCCUUCCUUGCAAAGCACUUCAGGAUCCAGGAUCAAUGUGGAAUACACAACUUGCACGGCCUUACAGGACUCAUAUCCUGUGCUGCAGGGAUAUGCGCUAUACUGGCGGCUAAUGAGGAAGUCUACGGCCCCAGUUUUUAUGAAAUCUUCACCCACAGAGCCCCAGUGGAGGGCGACCCCAAACUGCAAGAGCUGCAGAUGUUGAUCCCCGGUUUGCGGCCCGGUCUGGGGAGGACUGCCCGGGAACAGGCUCUGUUCCAGGUCGCAGCUGUGUUCUCCACCAUAGGACUGUCAGCACUGGGAGGCAUCCUCACAGGCUUCAUCUUAAAACUGCCGCUCCUCGCUCCUCCAUCGGAUGAUUUGUGUUUCGAUGAUAAGCUGUUCUUUGAUGUUCCUCCCGACUACCAUGCGCCGCUUAGACUCAAACACAAAACCAUCACUGAGGAUUCUACUGCCUGAGUGUCAUCAAUGAAUCUGUGUAUUAUAGUGACUAUUAAUCAAAUGUUUACAUCCAUUGCAUUGUACAUAAGUUACACUAGUGAUCAUGGACAAUAAUGAUAAAAUGCGAUGAUGAAAUGAAUGGUAGGUGUUCCCCAGUGAAAACAUACUGUUUGGGUCAUGUUUGACCCAUGUGUGUGAAAGUGAUGUAGAAAUACAAAAUGUAUGUUUGUUUAUAAAGUAAGAAAGGAAAAGGGAAAAUAAUGACUGCAAAGAUUCGUUUUCCUAACCAUAUUUCUAUUGAAUUUUCGAGUUUAUAUCAAAACGUAUACAGCAAUGAACCAAAAAUCUAAUGAUAAACGAUAUCCCUCAUACAGUCACAGGUUCACACACACACACACACACACACACACACACACACACACACACA